AUGCUUCUAAUAUUAUUAAAUCUAAUAGCUCCUUAUAAUUGUGGCGAAUACAAUUUUGCCUUGUUAGUUGGGUAGCCUAAUACUAUACUUUUAUCAUAAUAUACUCCAAAAGAAAUUGAUGCUCCUUUUUAUUAGAUUUAAGAUUCUAAUUAGUACAAUUUAGAAAUAUAACAAUCAAUUCAUCCACUUUUUAAUAAUGUAUUCAAUUUUAGUAAUAUCUUAAUGAAUAAUAAUAGGUUAGAGAAUUGUGUGUGCUAGUAAUUAUGUAGCAUCAAAAUUUUUAUAUUCAAACUAUUUUUGGUUUUUAUCCGAUUAAUAGAUAUUAUAUGCAGGGGUUUUGGAUAGCUUUGGUAAUAUAACAACUGAAAUAAUUGAUGUAGAAUUACAAGGGUUGGGUAAAUUUAUUAUUUAAUUUCUGUGUAGUAUGUAUUUACGUAAAUUUAAUCACUUUGUCUGAAGGAAUUUUAACCUGUUUGGAUCAAUUACAGAUUAUAUUUGUGAAUGUCGAUUCAGCAAGUUUACAAUAAACAUUUUAUAACACGAGUUACUAUCUUCCCUAGGGGUAUUCCUAUCUAAAAUCUACUAUAAAUUAUGAGAAUGAAAAUGCUUAUUCUAUUAUGACUUCUUAUAUUACUAAUACGUAUGCUAGCGUAGUUAGAUUUAGAUAUCGCCCAAAUACUAUAGAAACUUAUAGUUCAUACAAUUGUUCUGGCUAGUAUUAUUAAGUUGAAGUCAUCAAUUUUUCUUUAUUUUUGUUGAAUUUAAACUCUGUUUAAUAUGUAGAUUUAAUAUAUUUUUAAAUAACAUCAACAAUUUAAAUAUAAAACUCAGGAAAUUAACAGACAUCUAUGGCAGUUAGUGAUGUUUCAAAUUAAACCCUAUAUCGGAUAGCAAUUUUAGAUAAUUUACAACUGUAGAUUUAUUAUUUUAAUUCUUAAAAAUUAACAUCCAAAAAAAUAGCAAUAAAUUUAUUAAUAAUUAACCCAUAUUAAAAUUUAAUUCAAUUUAGCAUCACUUUUAAUAGUAUUUACAUAAUAACAAAUAACUAUAUAAUGAAACUUUCUGGAGAAACUGAUAUCCAUCCAUAAGGUUAUAUGCCAUUGCAUUCUUGUAAUUAUGUGAUGAUAUCAUUUGAGAGGUAAAUCAUAGUAACUUAACAAGUAUUAAAUGGAUAAGUCAUAUUUUCAACAUUCCUCUUUAACCAACCCUAAAUAUAAAUAUCAAUCAAUUAAACUCUUAUGAUAGUAUAGAAUACAACGUAAUACUUGUUAAAAUUAUUAAUAACGCCACAAACUUUGUAAUAAAUAAAAAGCUAAAUUUCUUUUUGGAUUAUGCCCCAAAAUUUAACGAAUUCGAUAUGCCCUAUCGCAUUUUAACAUAAUAUGAGCAAUUUGUAUUUAAGUUUUCCUGAUCCAUAUAAUAUUCCUUUUACUGAAGUGUUUUUAGGUCCAAACCUUACUUAAUCAAUUACCUCAUAAAAUCCAUCAAUUCUAUAUGCUGAAACAACGAGCAAUUAUAUUAAAUUCUAAGUCAAAACUAAUACUAUUGUAUAUUUAGAACUAUGUUCCAUAUAUAAUAGUAGUGCUAUUUAUUGUUCUUAAUACAACAAUUUUACAAUAGAAAUUUCUUAUUGGAAUCCCCUAUUAUCAUAGUAAUAUAUGUAAUAUCCAGCAACUUAAUAAAUGAAGUCUUGUUCAUGUUUCAAGUCAAAGAGUAAUGUCAAUAUUUUAAUUGAAUUUAAUGAUACCAUAUUUGUACAGAAAUUCAACUAUUAAAUCUAACCAGAGGACUUUUGGCCCUUAACUAUGCCAGUUUAAAUACUGAGCAGUACUAUAUUAUAAGAUACUCUUUUUAUUAUUACUAUUGAUGGACACCUGACUGCUUAGUCUCUCAAAAUAUAUGGAGACCCCAUCGUAUUUACUAUAACUAAUUAUACAUUCAAUUAUAUAUACACUAAUGUAAGAAGUUAUCCGACCUUUUUAUUUAUUGAUAAUAAAGUUAAUUUGAUGAUUUUAUAGUAUAAUGGAGAUUAUUAUACUUAUGAAAUAUUAAAUACCAUAUAAUAUCCAAUUACAGAUUACAAUUAAAUCUCGAUAGGCAUAUUAAAAACUGGAAUUUAUAUGGCAAUUGUUGCAUAAAAUAACAAUUUUUUAUAUUUCUUUCCUAUAUAAAAUGUGUAUAUUACAAAUUCAGGAUAAAAUUAUUAUUUAGUAGAUUUGUUAGGGUACGAAUUUUAAACUGGAUAAAUAGUCAGUUCAUAUACUUCAAAUCACUUUUAUUUAAUCUUGGAAAACUAAGUUGGAAUAUAUUGUGCUUACUUUUCUGGUAGUGGCUCUCCAUUUAAUUCAUUUGUUUAUUCGAAUCUGUUAUUCUCUAAUUCUUAGAAAGAAAUAAUAUAAUACAUGAGUGUUAUUUAAAAGGAUGAAUAUCAUAUAGAAUUGGUCUAAGUAUAUACUAAUACAUCAGUGGCCAUAAAUGGUUCAGUAUUCUUUGGAGAAUUUCAAAUGAUACCUUAUUUUUUGGAAACAAAAUAUUCUUAUAUGACUAACGUUAGUUACUUGGCUUCGAAUUAAAACUGUUCGCUUUAAUUACAACAAAGAGUCUAUGUAACAUUCGAUAGAUAAUUUAUCACUCCAAAAUAAUUCAACUCAGAAAUCUAAGUAUUGAAAAUUCAAAAUGCCACAAAAUUAAAAAUAAAUCCAUCCAGCUUAUUUAAUGGGAAUAUUUAAAAUUAUUCAAAAUAUUGUAAAGAAUGCAAUUCCUUUAAUUUAACUUAACCUAUAAGUAAAUUAACUUCAUAAACAUUGAACUUUUCAAUUUCAGCAGCAGUCAAAUGUAAGGAUAAUAUCUUUCUUCAAAACAAUAUCAGCGUGUACUAGCUGAGUGAAUCAUCUGGAGCUUACAAAAUACUUUAUAAUUUUCCUUAUUAAAAUUCCUACUGUUAUACGAUAUUUAUAGAUAAGUUUACUUAGUUUCCAGUUUCUAUAUGUUUCAAUCAAACUACCUUUAUAUAUGCUUAUAAUCUUACUGGAAAUACGGAGAUUUAAUAUAAUUUUACAAAUUUUUCAAACUUAUAUAAAGCUAAUUAUAGAAAUGGUGUACUCUAAGUAAUCACUAUAAAUUAUAAACUAUAAAUUGAAAAAUAUUCUUAUUACUCAUUUUAUUUUUGGAUAUCAAACAACACUAUUUAUCUAGAAUAAAUUUUUAAUUCAAGUAAUCUGUGUACUAAUUCAUUUUUGGACUUUGUUUACCUCAGCAUGUCUUCAAAUUAUACAGCUCAACCUUGUUAAAUAUUUGGAUUUACAUCUUUAGAAAAAAAUGGUUUUUAUAAUCCUAUAUUUUACUUACUUAAUACUUGUAUUUCUUCUCAAACUAGUCAAUAAUUUGGUUUCUAAUCUAAUUAGUAUGCUGAAAAUUUCAACAUCUAUUUUACAAUAACAACUUGGAAUUUAUAUUAAACAUUACCCAUCUACUUCAAAUUUCUAUUCGACAUUCAAUAAUAUUAAAAUUCAAAAAAUAAAACCACCGAUAUCAUUGAAUAGCAGUUUAUAGUCCCAUUAAGUUAUAGUAUUGAAAUUUAUUCUAUCUUAUUUAAUAUCAAUUAUGGAAAUAUUAUUGGGUUUCAUAAAUAAGCAAGUUUAUUUCUAAGUUAUAACUCUAAUGUAAGUGGAUAUUUUACAUUUUAAGGAAUUAAUGGUAUGAUAAUUAAUGAAAACUAUGUCAAUUACACAACGUUAACCAUAAAUAUUUAUCCUAUUUCUUAAAAGUAAAUUAUGUAUUUUAUUUAAAUUUAGUUAUGAAUAAGAGCAACAACCAAUCCAAAUUAUUGCUUAAGAAUAUUAUACACUCUAAACUGUAGGUUCACUAGUUUAUUCAGUCGUAACAGAAAAUUAUUUAUUUAUAACUGAUAAUGAUUCCAAUUAGACAAUUGCAUAUCCUAUUUAAAGUUGGCUUGAAAUUGAUGUUGACAUUACAGGAUUAUAGUAAUCAUCAAUUUAUAUAACUGCUUAAAAUUAAUAAAGCUAAUCCUAAUAAUCAUAUUUUUUAUAGAAUGAAGCCUACUAAGCGAUUCCAGAAUAAAAAGAAAAAUAAAAUCUUGGCUUGAUAAUUGGACUUUCAACUUUUCUGUUAAUUGUCGUCACUCUAAUAACAUCAUUUAUUAUUAGAUAUUUUAGAUAUAAAUAAAGAACAAGAAGUACUUUAAAUUACUUUGAAUUGGAAAAAAAAUUAUGA